GAAGGCCGGAGGCCCAAAAAUCUCUUUACCCGCGAGCCCCAAAACAUUUCACUCAGACGCGUCGCGUUCACGCGCGCUUUCUUCUACGAGCCGGACCAGUACGGCUGCCGAUGCUUCAAUCAGAAACCCUAGCAUAUUUCUUUAUUCAGAUCGAUCAACCAUCAUUUUCUCCCCGUUAUUUUGCGUUUCACUUCAUGGAUUUCAAUCUGAAGAAUCAAUCACUGUUCGCUGAAGCAGCAUUGCUUUUUUCUUGAAUCACCGUUCCCAAUAUUAUGCGGCGUUGUAUUUCAAGCUAGAACUGUAUUGUAUAUUCCUUCAUUUACGCAGAAUUCAAUUUCAGUUAAGAAAACUACUCCUUAACCACAGCGAAGAGUCAAGACUACUGCUGGAAUCGGGCUCAUUUCAGAAUUUUCGAGUAAGUUCAUUCGAGAAUUGAUAAAUUUUCGCUGUGUUUUAUCAUAGUUUAAAUGGCAAACUCUGAGGAAGUAGGAAAGGGUCCUGUUAGGCCGAAUUACGAGGAGGAGGAAGGAGACCGAGAGCCUCCCGAUUUCGAAAAUGGCAACGGAGAAGCCGAGGAUGGAGAUGAGGAAGUUGAAGGUGAGGAAGAAGACGAGGAAGACGAGGAUGAAAUUGACGAAGGACCGCUGCCGAGGAAGCAUAUUUCGGAUGCCUCCAGAUUGAUUGCUCAGAGGUCCAAGUUAGAGAACCUGAUUGAGCGAAUGAGGAAGGAGAAUGUCAAACUUCGGGUUCACGACAUUUUGAUCAAGGGAAACACGAAGACCAAGGAUUCUCUAAUCGAAGCCGAAGUGGAGGCUAUUAAGAACGCCUCAACCAUGCAAGAGCUGCUGGAGGCGGCAGGCGUAGCCAAUGCCAAGCUCCAGAGGCUUGAGAUCUUUGACUCUGUCAAGAUUACACUUGAUUCAGGCCCGCCGGAGCUCCCUGGUACUGCAAAUGUUGUUAUCGAGGUCGCUGAGACGAACAACCCUCUCUCUGGUGAAUGCGGUGCUUACACAAAACCUGCGGCUCGUUCGUGGACUUUUGAAGGUUCUGUUAAGUAUAAAAAUUGGCUUGGAUAUGGGGAUUUAUGGGAUGGCUCUUUGGCAUACGGUCCUAACCAAACAUCUGAGGUAAGUGCCGGUGUUUAUUUCCCAAGGCUGAAGCAAUUGGUGACUCCUUUGGUGGCACGGCUAUCCCUACUUUCCCAAGAUUGGUUGGAGUUUUCAUCUUACAAAGAGCGGUCAUUAGGUCUUUCACUUGGCCUAUAUUCAACAAGGUAUCAUGAUUUGGCAUACAACCUCGGAUGGCGCACCAUAACCGACCCUUCUCAAAUGGCAUCUAGGUCAAUAAGGAGACAGCUUGGACAUAGUUUACUUUCUUCUCUAAAAUAUACUUUUAAGGUUGACAAGAGGAAUUCAGUAGUGAGGCCGACUAGAGGAUACGCUUUUGUUUCUACUAGUCAAAUCGGUGGCCUUGCACCUGAUCAUCGGAGCUUGCGAUUCGUGCGCCAGGAAUUUGAUCUACGUUAUGCCGUUCCUUUUGGUUUUGACCGUGCUGCCAUGAACUUUGGAAUCUCUGCCGGCGUUGUCCUUCCUUGGGGUAAUGGAUUCAUGAACAAGCCAUCAUCCCUUCCGGAACGCUUUUUCUUAGGUGGUGAUUUCUCUCCAGUAUGCACCAUUGGAGGCCCAACAACUGUAUGGGGAUUUAAGACCCGUGGGAUGGGGCCUACUGAGCCAAGACGUGAAGUGAAAGAUAAAAAUAAUAGUGAAAACAAUGAUUCUCCUGGAAGGGAUUUUGUUGGAGGGGAUCUUGCAGUCACUGCUUUUGCUGAUCUUUCAUUCGACCUCCCAAUUCGCUGGUUAAGAGAACAUGGAAUCCACGGACACAUUUUUGCUGGGGCAGGGAACCUUGCAAAGUUGACUGAGAAUGAGUUCCGCAGUUUCUCUUUUCAGAAGUUCUUGGAAACUUUUCGUACCUCUGUAGGAGUUGGAGUUGUGGUUCCAACAAGACUCUUCCGCCUAGAGGGUAACUUCUACUACAUACUCAAGCAACAAGAGCACGAUCGUGGCAAAACUGGCUUUCGGUUUAGCAUUUCUGCUCCAUAAAUCUUGACUUCUGAUGAGGUUUGAUGUUGAAGAACUAUGAAGUAAGGCGGAAGUUAUGUCUUUCUGGCAAUUUGUUUCUUUUGCUCAUUGACUGGUGUCCUUGCUGAGUUCUCAGUUUGGACUAGAUGAAAAUUUUCCUUUCAAAACGUUCAUGAAAGUGAAAAAAAAGGAUAAAAAAAGAAAAAGAAAAAGAAAGUUUCUCUUCAACCAUUGAGAAUGGAAGAAUAAUAUAUGAUUUGUUAUGUGUAUUGGAACAGGCCACGGAAAUCUCCCUCACAAUUGGUUUCAUUCACCGGAUAAUUUUUAUGUCCUCCAUCAAUGAGACGAGACUAUUUCAUUUCAUACCCCAUAUGGUUUGUCAUUUUCCAUCUCUCGAAAUAUUUUUUUGCACAUUAUGAUCAAUUUUAUUUUGAAUAGAUUCUAAUACCAUUAUUUUGAAA